AUGGCUACUUCAGGUGUGGCUGCUUCAUUCUUACCGGGCGGGCGAACUGUUCAUUCAAGGUUUAAGCUUCCACUGCAUGUUGAUGAUAAAAGUAGUGGUAACAUAAGCAUACAAUGCAGUCUUGCUAAAAUGAUAGUAGCUGCAAAACUUGUGGUGUGGGAUGAAGCCUCCAUGGCUAAUCGACAUUCUAUAAAAGCGCUUGAUGAAUCACUUCAAAAAUUGAUGUCAAACGACUUACCUUUUGGAGGAAAGACAGUUUUAUUUGGUGGAGAUUUCAGACAGAUUCUCCCCAUUGUACCCGGUGGAUCAAGAGAAUCUAUGAUUGCCGCUAGCAUUGUUGCUACAAAGAUUUGGCCGGUUGUCACCAAGAUUAAACUAGAGGAAAAUAUGAGAGCCAAAGAAGAUCCUGAUUUUGUUUCAUUUCUAAUGCGAAUUGGCAAUGUUAUCAAGUACUGA